AUGCUGUGGGACGCCCCGAGCGAUGCCUUGUGCAGCAGGGAGGCAUCCGGGCUCCCCGUGGAGAUGCGCUGCACCAUUUUAGUCAUCUGGGUCGUUUUCUUUUCCGUCUCUUUCUGCGGUGCAUGGGCCGCGUUCGAGCGCUACUCGUCGCGCUUCCGCAGCUACGACGUGUCGAAGCAGGCGGACAACUGCUCGCGUGUCAGCUCCAGCAUCCACUCUCUCAUCGUCGCCCCAAGUCUGCUGUACGGUCUUUGCACCAUGUCGUGGUCCAGCACUUACGAGCCGCAAGACUCCUCGUCGUUCUUGCAAGCCACCUUGCUGGUGAGCGCAGGCUACCUCCUCUUCGACCUUUACGUGGUGCUGACCUACCGCAUUCCCAGGUGGACCACCUUCGCGAUUCACCACAUCAUGGCGAUGAUUCCGUACAUGCUCUACUACUUCACAUGUUGCAACUACGGCCUGUACCUUCUCUCCAUAUACAUGCUGGUAGAGAUCACAAAUGUCCCACUCAACACCGUGAUGUGGAUGCAGGAAAGCGGCCACAGCGAUGGCGUUUUGUAUGCUUUGGUGCUCCAUCUCACCGCAGCGAUGUGGAUCGUGUUCCGCAUUGCGUCUCCCUUGUGGUGCCUGUAUGCCUCGUACAAGACUUAUCUCCCUGCGGUGCACUACCCAACCUGCCUCCUGCCUUCACAACUGUGUGGCAUCUUAGUGAAUGUGUUCUGCUGCACAGGGUUCUUUGUGGUGAUUGCGAAGGACGUUGCGGAGUACUGGAACAGGCCAGCGAAACCUGUAGUGGCGAAAUCAUAA